GCCCCCGGCCCCGGCUCCUCCUCCUCCUCUUCUCGCCAUUGCAGUUGGACUCAGCAGCCCGGUGCGCACCGCGUGGCUUUUGGGGGGAGACCCCGGCGGGCUGUGGCAGGAGGGCGGCGGCGGCGGUUGCGGUCGGGGAAGGGAACGCCGACAAGAUAGUUGAAGUAUUGAUAACACCAAGGAAAUCUGUUACAAUUUGAAAAGAUAAGCAAACAUUUGAUUUCCAGACACUACAGCAAAAGAAGUAAAAAUGCGUCCAAUGCGAAUUUUUGUGAAUGACGAUCGCCACGUGAUGGCAAAGCACUCUUCUGUUUAUCCAACCCAAGAGGAACUGGAGGCAGUCCAGAACAUGGUGUCCCACACAGAGAGGGCUCUCAAAGCUGUGUCUGACUGGAUAGACGAACAGGAGAAAGGCAGCAGCGAGCACGCGGAGUCCGAGAAUGUGGAUGUGCCCCCAGAGGAUGAGACCAAAGAAGGGGCUGGGGAGCAGAAGACGGAGCACAUGACCAGAACCCUGCGGGGUGUGAUGCGCGUUGGCCUCGUGGCAAAGGGCCUGCUGCUCAAGGGGGACUUGGAUUUAGAGCUGGUGCUGCUAUGUAAGGAGAAGCCCACUACCGCCCUCCUGGACAAGGUGGCUGACAACCUCGCCAUCCAGCUCGCUGCGGUCACAGAAGACAAGUACGAAAUACUCCAGUCUGUUGACGAUGCUGCGAUUGUGAUAAAAAACACAAAAGAGCCUCCAUUGUCCCUGACCAUCCACCUGACAUCCCCUGUUGUCAGAGAAGAAAUGGAGAAAGUAUUAGCCGGAGAAACGCUAUCAGUCAACGAUCCCCCGGACGUUCUGGACAGGCAGAAAUGCCUUGCUGCCUUGGCGUCCCUCCGACACGCCAAGUGGUUCCAGGCCAGAGCCAACGGGCUGAAGUCGUGUGUCAUUGUCAUCCGGGUCCUGAGGGACCUGUGUACCCGCGUGCCCACCUGGGGUCCCCUCAGAGGAUGGCCCCUUGAGCUUCUCUGUGAGAAGUCCAUCGGCACGGCCAACAGACCAAUGGGUGCCGGCGAGGCCCUGCGGAGAGUGCUGGAGUGCCUGGCGUCGGGGAUCGUGAUGCCAGAUGGUUCUGGCAUUUAUGACCCUUGUGAAAAAGAAGCCACUGAUGCUAUUGGGCAUCUAGACAGACAGCAACGGGAAGAUAUCACACAGAGUGCGCAGCAUGCCCUGCGACUCGCUGCGUUCGGCCAGCUCCAUAAAGUUCUGGGUAUGGACCCUCUGCCUUCUAAGAUGCCCAAGAAACCAAAGAAUGAAAACCCAGUGGACUACACAGUUCAAAUCCCCCCCAGCACCACGUAUGCCAUUACGCCCAUGAAGCGCCCGAUGGAAGAAGAUGGGGAGGAAAAGUCUCCCAGCAAAAAGAAGAAGAAGAUUCAGAAGAAAGAGGAGAAGGCAGAGCCCCCUCAAGCUAUGAACGCCCUCAUGAGACUCAACCAGCUGAAGCCAGGCCUGCAGUAUAAGCUGGUUUCCCAGACCGGCCCGGUGCACGCCCCCAUCUUUACCAUGUCUGUGGAGGUGGACGGCAGCUCAUUCGAGGCCUCCGGACCAUCCAAGAAGACGGCCAAGCUGCACGUGGCCGUGAAGGUGUUACAGGACAUGGGCCUGCCUACCGGCGCAGAAGGCAGAGACUCCAGCAAGGGGGAGGAUUCCGCUGAGGAAACGGAAGCAAAGCCGGCCGUGGUGGCCCCUCCGCCUGUGGUGGAAGCCUCUUCGACCCCCAGUGCUGCCUUCCCCUCAGAUCCCACCGCCGAGAACGUAAAACAGCAGGGGCCGAUCCUGACCAAGCAUGGCAAGAACCCUGUUAUGGAACUUAACGAAAAGAGGCGUGGCCUCAAGUAUGAGCUCAUCUCCGAGACCGGGGGCAGCCACGACAAGCGUUUCGUCAUGGAGGUCGAGGUGGACGGACAGAAGUUUCAGGGUGCUGGCUCAAACAAAAAGGUGGCAAAAGCAUAUGCCGCUCUUGCCGCACUAGAAAAGCUAUUCCCUGAUGCCCCUCUCGCCCUGGAAGCCAACAAGAAGAAGAGAGCCCCUGUCCCCGUCAGAGGUGGACCGAAAUUUGCUGCUAAGCCACAUAACCCUGGGUUUGGCAUGGGAGGCCCCAUGCACAAUGAAGUGCCCCCGCCCCCGAACCUUCGAGGGCGGGGAAGAGGAGGAAACAUCCGAGGUCGAGGAAGAGGGAGAGGAUUUGGUGGCGCCAACCAUGGAGGCUACAUGAACGCUGGCGCGGGAUAUGGCAGCUAUGGGUAUGGAGGCAACUCGGCGACAGCAGGCUACAGUCAGUUCUACAGCAACGGAGGGCAUUCUGGGAAUGCCGGUGGUGGCGGCGGCGGGGGCGGUGGUGGCUCCUCCGGCUACAGCUCCUACUACCAAGGCGACAACUACAGCUCACCGGUGCCCCCGAAACACGCCGGAAAGAAGCAGCCGCACGGGGGCCAGCAGAAGCCCUCCUACGGCUCGGGCUACCAGUCCCACCAAGGCCAGCAGCAGUCAUACAGCCAGGGCCAGUAUGGCAACUACGGCCCCCCGCAGGGCAAGCAGAAGGGCUAUAACCAUGGACAAGGCAACUACUCCUCCUACUCAAACUCCUACAGCUCCCCCGGGGGCGGGGGCGGAUCAGACUACAGCUACGAGAGCAAAUUCAACUACAGUGGUAGUGGAGGCCGGAGCGGCGGGAACAGCUACGGCUCAGGCGGGUCGUCCUACAACCCAGGGUCACACGGGGGCUACGGCGGUGGCUCUGGGGGCGGCUCCUCAUACCAAGGCAAACAAGGAGGCUACUCGUCACAAUCAAACUACAACUCCCCGGGGUCCGGCCAGAAUUACAGCGGCCCUCCCAGCUCCUACCAGUCCUCACAGGGCGGCUACGGCAGAAACGCAGAUCACAGCAUGAACUACCAGUAUAGAUAAAGCCCCCCCGAGGGGUGAAGAUUUGUACCUUCUGCACUUACCCCUCGUUGUAAGAUUCAGUUUUAUGCAUCACAGUUAACACGUCAGCUGGCCUCCAGGUCCCCUCCGCCCCAACCUGUCCACGUUGCUGUGUUGUGAGGUGCAGCUGGUCACUGCUGUGACCCGUCCUGUGACCCAUAUUUAGCCGUGUUUGGGACUUCCAUGUCUUCAGUGGUUUGUUAGUUGCCAUCACAACUUUGUCUGAGUAGAGUUUUUUGAGUUCUUGCAGUUACGUAUCCCUCUGUCUAUUUACAAUUGGUGUUAGUGUUAACUCAGUUUGUCUUUAAAUAGCUACAGAAGGGAUACAUCAUCUGUUAAUGCUUUUGUGAAGUGAGUUAAACGAGCUUUCUGUAUUUUAAUGCUUUAGUGUUUCAGUUUUAUAAGUGAAGAUUUUAUUUUAAAAACCAGUGGGAAAGAGUGGGGUUUUUUUGUAUGUCUGGAUCAUUCAGGCAGUACAUCUGAAUUAAGCUGAAUGUAGACAAAUAAAGAAAAAGAAAACUCUGUGCCCGUCGUAGGCCUGGGUGUCUGACCCACCGGCAGUGUGAUGGGCAGGUUCCUCCACUGUUCCCGGCACGGGAAUGCAGGGCGGGGGUGGCAGGGCAGUCCCCUGUCACAAAAGAGUCCAGCUCCAGGCCUCUAGAUGCCUUAACUCCAAGGUUGGCUGGGGCCAGCAAGCCGGUUACAUCGGGACCUUGUAUUCCUGAUGGUCUGCAGAGUGGCUUACGAGCGGCCCAGGCUGGUGUCUGGGGAUUUGCUCUCACAGUUCUGCAUGCUUGCUUUUCUGCUCCAUGGGUUCUGGUGUUGUUUUAAGUGCAGUUUCACGUCACCAUGGAGUAAAAUGUCCGAGGUUUGGUACGUGUAACCUGACUUGAAAAAGGCCAGUUGAAUCUGGCUAAAGCAUCCCAAGAUCUGGGAAACCCAGCCAUAGAACCUUCCAUGUCGGGAUGGCGUGGUUUUGUGUCUCCAGCAGCCUUCCUGGAGCAGCCCCCGCCCAGACGCUCAGUCGUGGCCCAGCCCCGUUCUAGCAGGCUUCCCUGGAGCGGUGCUUCUCAAUCUCAGGCAGUGUUGCAUUGUUUGGGGGACCAUUGGUCACCCAGUGGGCAGAGGCCAAUGAUGCUACUGACUGUUCUGCGCUUAAGUGUCAGCUGUGUGAAGGUGAAGGAACCUGCCCUGAGAGCAGCGCUUUCCAGCUCUGGCCCUGCCCCGGGGGGAGGGGGCGGAGUGGGGGAGGCGCCCUGACUGCCUUUGCCCGGGCUUCAGCUCUGUCUCGGAAGAGCCUCUUGGGUGAGGCCUGGGGCUGUACCUCUGCAGAGACCCUUCUCCUCUCGCCGUCUCUCUGCCAUCUCUCAGACCAGGCACCAUUUGAGUUCUGAACCCCGGGAAGUCCCUUGGCCUCCUGUACUUGGUUAACUAUAGCCUUUGGAAGAAAAUCAAACUAUUCUUGACUCAGAACUCUUCCGCUGAGGCAGAAAAUCUAAUGUGCCUUCAAAGGAUGAAGCUUUGCCUUGGAGAGGUGAAUGAAAGGUGUUCUGCACUAGACAAAAGAAAACACUGGAAGAAUUUUGUCUUCUGGAGCAGAGGAGGACCCAGGUGGUCUAAUUCGGGGAGAGGGAGGGAUGGUAUGAUGCCCACCUGAGAGGUGGUCCACAGUGCGAGCAUUCAGGUGGGCCUGCCGCAAGCUGGGAUCCCUCGAGUGUGUGUGCGCGCACCAGUGGAGAUGAGACAGACCUGAGGGAUGGGUCCCAACCCAGACUUUGAUGAGAUGUGACAUGUCCAUGACCCAUCGUCUCUCCUAGACACUUCCAGGGGGCUGGGACAGAGAGCCCCUCCAGAUCAUUAGGACCUUGUAUUGAAAUGAGAAGACACAGGCUGUGGAUGGAGCCUGCAGCGCUCAGAAACCCACGGGAAGGAAGGCCCUACCCCGCCUGCCAAAUACCUUCAAGCUGUGGGCCUGUGUUCUUGGCACGAGUCUCUCCUUAACACCAGUUUCCAAAGCGCUGACCACCACCACAUUGAAGUUUCUGAAUGCAGGCCCUUCACAAGGGCAGGAAUCUUGAAGAAGGCUGUGGAAAGAGCUCCCAGCCCAUCUUGAAGUGGAGGCCUCAGGGAGCUGUGACUUGGUGCCACGUUCCUCUUUUGAAAAAGGGUGGCUCCCUGGGUGGCUUGUCUCGAAUAGAUGCCUGUCUCGGUCCCUGGGGCCGGCCUGAGCGCUCCCCAAGCCAGGGCAAGUUUUGUUGACCUGAGAGACAUUGUCAAGAACAGAGCAGUAUCGGAGUAGGAUCUUGCCCUGUUUCUUCCAGCUUCUGGUGACUUAGGGCAUUCCUUGGCUCAUGACAGCAUCACUCCAGGCUCCGCCUCCUUCACGGGACCUCCCUGUGAGCCUCUGUGUCUCAGGCUCCUUUCUUACAAGGACACCAGUCAUUGGAUUUCAACUCCACCCUAAUCCAGGGUGAGCGCAUCCCAAGACCCUUCACAUUCACGGGUAUCGGCAGUUAGGACUUGGAUGUACGUUUUGGGGGGAACACUAUACAACCCACUAAAGAGUUGGGUGAAGGCUUUAUCCCAUGCUGCUGGCACAGCCCUGGGAGGUGGUCAACCACCAUCAGGAUCAUCACGUGGUCAGCAUGGCGGGGACCUGUCCCAAGGCGACAGCUCAUGAGCACACAUCCCUUGGCACCCUAACUGCUUGGGGACCUCGGUGCUAAUGGCACUGUGAUGCAGCUGGUCAGCAACAGUAUCACAGCCCGCAGGACCUGCCGUCCCAGCAAGCUGGGUUUAGGAAGGUAUGGCCGACACGGUGAACAUGGAGAAGACCUGGGUGCUGGCAUGUCAUUCAGAGCUGACCAAGGCCUUUCCAGGCCUGUUGCCCUCUAAGUGCAGGAAGCCAGCCUGGAGGAGGUUCUCACUGAGAUGCUUCUCCAGGUCCUCCUCGGCCAGGGACACGGUGGGCAACAGAGAUGCCUCAGCCCACAUGCUGCCAGAGGAGGGUGUCCUGCCUCUUUCAGUCACCAGCAGAGAUCACCAGGGGAGCAUCAGCGGGAAGAGCCAGUGGCCCACAUGCUUACUCAGCAAGUUGAUCAGGGUCGGCCUGGUGCACACGGCCCGCCCGUCUUAUGCCCAAUCAACAGACCCGGUAUGGAACAGAAGUAUUCUACAGGCGCCGCUCCCAGCAGGCCCCGCCUCGAGACGCCACGCCCUUGUGCCGUCAGCAAACUUCCAAUUGGGCGCUGUUGCAGGCUCCGCCCUGGGCCGCGCCCCCAUAGGUGUCUCCCGCCUGGUGCUCACAUCCAAUGGCUUGGGAAAGGACGCUUUCCCAAGGCUCCGCCCCCAGAGCCGCCGCUUCCCUGGUCUCCCGGCAACGCGAGGGGUGCUGUCCAGCGUUCUGAAGCCGCGCUCCCAGCGCCUUUCGAAUAGUGGCGGCCUUCUGGCGCCCCCAGCCCUCCCUGCUGAGCAGCGCCGAAACCCCUAAAGCAGAGG